AUGACUGACUACCUUUCUUAGAUUCUUACUAUAUUUUUAAAAAGAAAUAAAUAAAUGAUACAAUAGAUUAAUUAUUUCAAAGAUCUAGAAAAAUUUUUAAACUCUUCACUUUAAUCACAUUAGGCUCUUCAUAUAACUCUGAGUUUAAAUUAAAUUGGUGCAGAAGGUGCAUCAGUUUUAGGUCUCGGUUUAGGAAAGUGCAUUGAUCUCUCAAAUUUGUAACUUUAUCUUGGUUAGAAUUAAAUUAGUGAUUAAAGUUCAUUAGACUUAGGUUCUGGUUUAGAAAAGUGCACUAAUUUCUCAAAUUUGAAACUUUAUUUUAGUAUCAGACUUUAUGAACUUCUUGGUGCUUUCAAAGAUAUUUGCGGCAAGAAAAAAAGCAGAUCUAUAUAGGAGUCCAAAAUGCUUAUAUAUAAAGGAGAUACCUAAAUAGGCAAAAACUAAAUUGGUGCAGAAGGUGCAUUAGGAUUAUUUUCUGGUUUAGGAAAGUGCACUAAUCUCUCAAAUUUAACACUUGAUCUUCAUUAAAAUUAAAUUGGUGCAGAAGGCGCAUCAGCCUUAGGUUUUGGUUUAGGAAAUUGCACUAAUCUCUAAAAUUUAAAACUUUAUCUUGGGUCUAAUUAAAUUGGUGAUGAAGGUAUAUAAGGUUUAGGUUCUGGUUUAGCAAAGUGCACUAACCUCUCUAAUUUGACAUUUAAUUUUAGUGAAAAUUAAAUUGGUGACAAAGGUGCAUUAGGCUUAGGUUUUGUUUUUAAUAAGUGGACUAAUCUCUCAAUUUUAACACUUUAUCUUCAUUAAAAUUAAAUUGGCACAGAAGGUGCAUCAGGAUUAUGCUCUGGUUUAGGAAAGUGCACUAAUCUCUCAGAUUUGACUCUUGAUCUUAAUAACAAUUAAACUGGUGCAUUAGGUUCAUUUGGUUUAGAAAAAUGCACUAAUCUCUAAAAUUUGACACUUUUACUUGGUAACAAUUAAAUUGAUGAUGAAGGUACAUCAGUAAUAGGUUUUGUUUUAGUAAAGUGCACUAAUAUCUAAAAUUUGACACUUCAUCUUCAUUAUAAUUAAAUUAAUGAUGAAGGUUCAUCAAACUUAGGUUGUAGUUUAUUAAAGUGCACUAACAUGCUAAAUUUGACACUUAAUCUUUAUCAAAACGAAAUCAAUAAAAAAUAAUAAUUGAAAGUUAAAAACAAGAUUCUCAAAUCAUAAAGAUUAGUUGCCUUUAAAUUUAAUUAGUGGUGA